UCUACGCCAUGAACUUUGGGGCGCUUCAACUUCAGAGGAAGGAAGUCGGCCCGCAGCCCUACCCGCACCUCUUGGCUCCUGAACCCAUCCACCUUCCAUCCCCACUUCAUGCUCGCCGUCUCGCGCUCUUUCCGCGCUGUGCGCGUCGCCAGUCGCGGCCUGGCUACGCACGCGUCGACGGCUCCCCCAACCCCCAAGACCGUGACGCGCCACGACUGGACGAAGCAGGAGAUCCAGAGCAUAUAUGACUCCCCCCUCCUCGAUCUCGUCUUUCGCGCGGCUGCGGUGCACCGCGAGCACAACGAUCCGCGUAAGGUGCAGCUAUGCACCCUCAUGAAUAUCAAGACUGGUGGAUGCUCCGAGAACUGCUCCUACUGCUCCCAGUCGUCCCGGUACUCCACUUCAACGAAGGCAUCCCCCUUGCUGGAAGUGGAGCCUGUCCUUGAGGCUGCGCGGAAAGCGAAGGCGAACGGCAGCACGCGCUUCUGCAUGGGUGCCGCCUGGCGCGACCUCGCAGGCCGCAAGCGCGGCUUCGAGCGCAUCCUCACCAUGGUGCGCGAGGUCCGCGGCAUGGGGAUGGAGGUCUGCACUACCUUGGGCAUGUUGAGCCCGGAGCAGGCGAGGAAGCUGAAGGAAGCGGGCUUGACGGCGUACAACCACAACUUGGACACAUCGCGCGAGUUCUACCCUGAGGUUAUCACCUCUCGCUCGUACGAUGACCGGCUGGACACGAUCUCCGCCGUCCGCGAUGCGGGUAUCAGCGUCUGCUCGGGUGGUAUCCUGGGUCUUGGCGAGAGCGACAAGGACCGCGUCGGUCUGAUCUGGGAGGUCGCGAACAUGCCCGAGCACCCAGAGUCAUUCCCCGUCAAUGCUCUCAUCCCCAUACCUGGUACUCCCUUGGAGAAGAACGAGAUGGUCCCCUACCACACCCUCGCGCGGACGAUCGCGACGGCCAGGAUAGUCAUGCCCACGACGAUCAUCCGCAUUGCCGCUGGCCGGAAUGUGAUGCCGGAGUCCGAGCAGAUGAUGUGCUUUAUGGCCGGCGCCAAUGCGAUCUUCACCGGGGAGCAGAUGUUGACCACGCCUUGCUCGCCUUGGGAUCAGGACAAGGCCAUGAUGGACCGCUGGGGCCUCGAGGGCAUGGAGAGUUUCAAGCAGGAGCGCGUCGCGAGGAAGGAGCUGCCGCAAUUUAUGAACGCGGAGACGGAGGUUUCCCCUUCCUCGACGGAGGUGUCCCCACCCCCGGUGGAGCAGGCAAAACCGCUGGAGACUCCGACGCUCAACAUCGCUUGAGAUGCAUCCCAGUUUCGUGGAAGAUGUAUCUCAGCAUCGCCUGCGACCUAUCCAUCCAUACUGACAUAACUCAUUGUAAAGCUAGUGUAUAACAACAGUACUAGAGGACGCAUAUCCGUGUACGUGGGUGCAGGUA